AUGCAAUUCUCCUCUACAUUCGCUGUUUUGUUCGCUUUGGUGGUCCAUUUCGCAGCUGCAACGCCUACUGUCCUCGUGAAACGCGCGACCUACAACGAUGUGGCUACUGUCGGUUAUGCCACCUUGAACGGAGGAACAACUGGAGGUUCUGGAGGACCUGUAACUACUGUAACCACCCUCGACGACCUCACCAGUGCUGUGACCGGUAACAGUAGCAAAAUUGUCGUUAUUGAAGGUACCAUUACAGGAGAUGCCGUGGUCAAAGUUGGCUCUCACACAACCGUCAUUGGUGCUGCAGGAAGCUCACUUGUCGGCGUCGGCCUUCGCGUUCUGAAUGAGGAAAAUGUCAUCAUUCGAAAUGUCAAGAUCUCGAAAGUAUUAGCUUCUGCCGGAGAUGCCAUUGGCGUACAGGCUUCGUCUCAAGUCUGGUUGGACCACCUUGAUCUCUCCAGCGAUAGGGAUCAUGAUAAGGACUACUACGACGGACUCUGCGAUCUCACUCACGGCGUUACUGGAAUUACUGUGACCAACAGCAAGCUAUACGACCAUUGGAAAGCUUCCCUCAUUGGCCAUUCUGACAAUAACGGUGCUCAAGACGUCGCGAUAACCGUGACAAUGGCAAACAACUACUGGACCGAUUUGAAUUCUCGUACACCAUCCUUCCGAUUUGGCCACGGACACAUCUUCAAUAACGUCUUUGAUGAUAACAAUGACGGUAUUAAUACUCGGGAUGGUGCCCAACUUCUGGUCGAGAAUAACGUUUGGACGGGUACCGACAAGCCCUUGUACGAUACUGACGACGGCUUUGCCGUUGCGACAGGUAAUGACUUCGGUGGAGCUUCAAACACUGCGCCUGUCGGUAACUUCACCACCGCACCGUAUGCUUACACCCUCAUCGCCACAGCGGAUGUCAGAGCUUCGGUCGUCUCCUCUGCGGGCCAAACUCUUGCUUUCUGAGCCAUUUCCAGGUUCAAGAUUUGAGUCUAUUGAUACACAAUGUAUGGAAAAUAUGUACAUAGAUUAAAAAUGUGCAUGAAAAGAUUACCAGUGAUGAUUGCUAGGGAAACAUUAAGCACGAAAGUUUGAGAAUACUUUUCAGGCUUGAUUUCAGAGUGUUAUAUGAAGAUGGUAGCAAAUAAUGCGCAAGUCCAAUGAAUAGCAAACUAUGUCGGCCAGAAAUACGAGCCCCUAAUCCUGAUAUAAGGGAGUAGUAA